AUGUCCUCCUUCCAAGCCCUCCGAACCCAAUAUGCCUCACUACUGAAGCGGUUUUUAGCCUCGACCAAAGAUUUUGAGGUCCUAACAACCAUCCCACCCGACCACUCAGCGGAAUCAGAGACCCUCUAUGUCUUAGACUCGUCCUUCAAUCCCCCCACCCGUGCCCACCUCCGCAUUGCCAGCACAGCCCUUUUAGAAAACCCCAAGCCCCGCCCUCGCCUGCUCCUGCUUCUCGCAACCCAGAAUGCAGACAAGCCAUCCAAGCCAGCCUCUUUUGAGGAUCGGCUCGUCAUGAUGGAGCUGUUCGCUCGGGAUCUCCGCACCUACCUCGCAUCGCAACCGGCCUUCGCCGCCUCGGGCUUAACCCAUGCCAUCGAAACUCUUCCGUUGAUCGAUAUCGGCGUUACAAAAAAGCCCUAUUUCGUCGACAAGGCGUCUGCUAUUGAGGCGUCGGAUUCUUACCCCGUUCCGCUGGAGCAGGUCCAUCUUACGGGGUAUGAUACUUUGAUCCGAAUUUUCGAUUCCAAGUAUUAUCCGCCCGAACAUACCUUGAAGCCUCUGGAACCUUUCUUAUCGAAGCACCGGCUGCGUGUGACUAUGCGGCCGAGCGAUGAGUGGGGUGGGAGAGAGGAGCAGCUGGAAUAUGUUGCUGCCCUUGCUAGAGGUGACCGGGAUACUGAGGGCGGGCGUAAGGAAUGGGCCGAACGGAUUCAGCUCGUCGAGGGUCGUGCUCCCACUGACCGGCCUGUUAGUUCAACUAGAGCCCGCGAGGCAUUACAAUCAGCUCCUGGGGAUCUAGACUGGCUUGUUCCCGAACAAGUGCGGCAGUUCCUGCUGUCAGAACAUCCAUAUUCUGAGAAGCCGAAAGUGUAG